UGGGCCUAAAUGAGGCUAGCCUAGUUAAGCCUGAUCUUUUUCUGUUUGUGAAAAGAGCUGAGCAGAGCUGAAGGCUGCUUGGUGGUUUCAGAAGCUGCCUACUUAAUUUGAAAAGAACAAUGGUAGGAAAGGCUAGGUCUUCCAAUUUUACCUUAUCUGAAAAGCUUGAUUUGCUAAAGCUGGUGAAGCCAUAUGUUAAAAUUCUCGAAGAACACACUAAUAAACAUUCAGUAAUAGUGGAAAAGAAUAGAUGUUGGGAUAUCAUAGCAGUUAACUAUAAUGCAAUUGGAGUAGAUCGCCCUUCUCGAACAGCCCAGGGCCUACGCACCCUUUACAAAAGGCUCAAAGAAUAUGCCAAACAGGAGCUAUUGCAACAAAAAGAGACCCAAUCAGAUUUUAAAAGCAAUAUUUCUGAGCCAACCAAGAAAGUUAUGGAGAUGAUUCCCCAGAUUUCCAGUUUUUGCCUGGUAAGAGACAGGAACCACAUACAAAGUGCAAACUUGGAUGAGGAAGCACAGGCUGGUACCAGUUCACUAAUGUUGGAUCACCAUCCAGUUGCUAUAACAGUGGAGGUGAAGCAAGAAGAAGACAUUAAACCCCCUCCUUCACUGAUUUUAAAUUCUCAGCAGAGUGAUACUUUAAAGCAAAGAGAAGAACAUGAAUUAGUACAUGUUAUGGAAAGAUCUUUGUCACCAUCACUUUCCUCUGUUGAUAUGAGAAUGACAUCGUCUCCAUCUUCUGUUCCAAGGAGAGGUGAUUUUUUUCAGCAGGAGAAUGGAGAACACUUUAGGUCACAAUUAGGGUAUGAUCCUCAGAUUCUGCAAAUGCUGAAAGAGGAGCAUCGGAUAAUUUUAGAAAAUCAAAAAAAUUUUGGAUUAUAUGUUCAGGAAAAGAGGGAUGGAUUGAAAAGAAGGCAGCAGCUAGAGGAAGAGCUGCUAAGAGCAAAAAUUGAAGUGGAAAAGCUGAAAGCAAUUCGCUUACAGCAUGAUCUGCCUGAAUAUAAUAGUUUCUAAAAUUUUUUUUUCAAUCUGGCAACUUGAUUAAUAUUGGCCAAAUUAUUUUUAUCUGGGAAUAUCCUGAAACAGAAUACAUAUUCUUUAACAAUACUGCUACCCUAUUAUGAAAAACUUUUUUGACAUGAUUUUCUAAUUAUUUAAUUUUCUUUUGAGAUAUACUACAAUUUAUUGAUUGGUUGGCAUGAGUAUAUAUAUAUUUUUGUUUUCCUUCAACUUUCUAAGAAGUUUAGUUGCUGGUGUUACAAAAAAUGUUUUAUUUUUAUCAUUAAAAUAUAACAUGUGAGUAUACGUACAAACAUAUAUUCUUUCAAAGUUCUGAGUCUUUAACAUUUAAAAUUAGAGCUUUGAAAGCUGUAGUUUAAGGUUUUUAAGUCAGUCUAGAAGCAAUACUGGCCUAGUAAACAGAAACUUGUUUAUAUUACAUUGAUUUUAUGCUUUCAUAUUUUGAAGGAGAAGUCCUAGUAUUUUAGAGAUGAAAGUUAUUUGCAGAUCACUUUUUCCCAACUCUUCAAUUUAGAGGUCCAGGGAGAGCUCGAUGACUUACUUACUGGAACAAAGCUAUUAUGGCAGAGCAAGGACCAGCGCUCAGUUUUUGUCUCACUGUGAUCUUUCCCCUGCUAUUCCAUGGAAGUAAAGAUCCACUAAAAUAUCUUCCAUAUUAAAAAAUUAGAAGCAUUUAUUUUUAAAUUGCUUUUAAGGAUUAGUAGGUAUUGAAAUCAGAAGAAUUAUAUCAGUUACUCCCCAUUCUGCCUCCCUUUUUUCUCUAGUAAAGUAAGAUAUUUCUCUUUUAGGUAUUACAUAUUUUGGCUGUAAGAUUUAAUAUGUCUUAAUUCACUUUUAAUGUCUUAAUUCUAUAAAAGAUUUCUGUCAUAGUAAGAAAAAAACAGUAAAAAUUUCAAAGAACAAAAUUAAACUUUUACAUAGACUGAAAAUAGCAAAAAAUGUUUAUAAUUUAUUAUAUAAUCUAUAAUUUUAAAAAUAAAUAUUGCUGUUUUAGUAUUUGUGGAAAUAAAACUUUGAUUCUUUAAAGUACACAUACUAAAUUUAAGUUAAAUCUUUAAUAUGUAUAUUACUUAAAUAUUUCUAUUUUUGCUGGGCUUUGUUGAGGAAGAAUUUUUAAGCCAGGUUUUAAAAUGAGGUAGGUAGUAAGUGAGAGUGAGCAGCAUGAAAAAGGCAUAGAGUAUGGGGAAGAAUGGGUCAGUGUACUAGCACAAUAUAGUGAGUGCUAAGCCGGGUGAUUUCAAGUGGGUAUAGAGAGGGCCAGUUAGGGCUGUGGUUACCUGGACUAGGACUUCUCACUUGACUGAGCUCCAGUAGAAUCGUACAUGCAGAAGUAAGCCAGAAAUCUGCAUUUUUCUGUGAAGUUUUCCAAUUUUAAAAUGUUUGAGGAUAAUACAAAAUGUGUUUAAAACACUACACAGACAAAACAUGUCGGUGGGCCUCAUUCAGCCUAUGGGCUUCCAGUUUGUUGUCUUUAUGGUAGGGCUAUGCUCACCAAGAGUAGUUCCUGACCACUAGCAUCAGCAUCUCUUGAGAACUUGUGAGAAAUGUAAGUCCAUUCUUUUUGAAUCAGAAACUCAAGGGGGAGUCCAACAUCUCUUUUAUUAAACCUGUUAAAGAUUCCGAUGCAAGCUAAAGUUUGAGAACCACUGGAAUAGAGUGGAACUUAGCUUGGUGCCUAAAUCAUACUAGAUUCUCAAAAAAUUUCUUUGAAAAGAGGAGCAGGUGAAGGUGAAUUGAGGGAUAUCAGUUUGGAAGUUGGUGCCAGAUUAUGGAUUGCAUUAAAUGCCAUUUUUAAGGAAUCAAACUUGAAUGGACAAUGGGAAGCUAUUGAAGGCUUUUGGUUAGGGGGAGAUAAAUUAGAGCUGAGAGUUGGUGUUAUAAUGGCAUUUAGUAAGAGGAAGUUAAAUCCAAAAUUUUGAUUAUGGCUAUUGAAAAAGAAAGAAUAAAAAAUCAAAUGGACUCAUGCUACUAUUUUAGCUUGUUGAUUGCUUAAUUUCAUUGGUAUUUUAUAUCUGCUAUUAGAGUUAAAUAUUUUAUUAUAAAAAUACCUUGAAUGUUACGAUAUAUUCUUUAGACAGUAUGAUCUUUAAUCUGUCCUGUGACUUUUCUUUCAGUCUAAUGAAUCUUAUAAUUCUAAUUUGAAGCAAUGUUUUUACAAUAUAAUUCUAAAUACAUCCUUGUAGUAGAUAAAACAUUUUUAAAUUAUUGAAAGCAAAUUACUAUAUAUAAUGAAAUUCAUAUUACAGUCACAGCAUGCUAUGACUCAGAAUUGAUGAAUGUUCAAUUUAAAUGUGGAAUUUGUGCAGCUAUAUCAAAGUUUUUCAAAGUGUGUUCUGUGGAACAUUAAUUCUGUGAGGUGUUUCUAGGGAAAGAGUUCUGGUUUCAAACAGUGCAACAUACGCCUUUUUUUGUGGUUAGGUUCUAAAAUCUAUGUGUAAAGUAGAAAAAUGUAUAUACAAAAUUGUCCUUGAAAAUUUAUUUUGCUGCCCAUAACAUAGAGUAAACAUAGUCUGCUACAGUCAUAUUUUUCUCCAGCAUUGUUCAAGACUGUUUCUUUGGUUGUGUCAGGUGACAAAUUCAUUAGCAUUUAGGGCUAAGUAGAGUAAAAAAACCUUACUUUACAAAUUUUUAAACACUAGAAUUGCACACAUUGCAGUGAGUUUGCUGCAGCAAUUAUCCUGAGUGAAUUUUGUUUAAUUUUAAUUUGCAAAAAUUUAAAUGCUUAUAAUUUGCUCCAGUGUAUAGCCACCUCUCCACCCAGGUACCUGUAAGUAGCAUAUUAGUUUAUGAGAAAUGCUGUAUAAAGAAAACUUAUUUGACCAUUUAACUGUUUUUGGAGGUGUUUAUUAUUUAUUUAUUAUCUUGCACAGUCUUUUAGAAAAUUCUGAGCUAAAAAGCCUUUUUCUUUUUGAUAUUGAGACUUUAGAGUUUUUUGACUACUUAUCAACUUACAUUAGCAAUUUUUGUUGAGAACAAGUUUUGCUAAGGGGAAUGUAAGGGGCAAGUUCUGCUAGGUGCUAAUGGAAUACAGCUGAAGCCACCAGACAUCCUACAUGCCAUAGACAACUACAAGGGCCAUGAGCUUUGCCUACAAAAUGUGAUGCCGAGAAAACAUAGGGAAGAGUUAUUUUUAAAAUGUAGGCUCAAUUCUAUAGAAAUAUAUUAAUUUUGAAAAAUGUACUAAGGCAAAAUAUUUCAUCUAAUAUAUUAGUAAUUUAGAGAGUAUAUAGAUUAUUUUUGCCACCUUUUUAUCCAUAUCAAAAUGAUACAUUGUUGUAGCUUAGGAUUUUCUAAAUCACAUAUGAUUUAUAAUGACAUCCUGAAAAAGUUAAUCUCUUUCUAAAAAUGGCAGAUAUCUUAAAAUAUUCAAAUUAAGUACUUUUUUGUAUAAUUUGACAUCAACGUGUUGUUAUUUCAUUUUUGAAAGAUUCACUCUACCCUGUUGCAUCUUAUGUGAGAAUGUUUAAAAUAUGAAUUUUUUUCCAUGUGUUUUCUGGGAUAAUGUGAAAUUUUAAAUAGACGUGCUUAAAUAAUUUAGAGUGUGAAUGAUUGUAUUUAAUAUAUACUAUAGAUAAUAGUGGUUAAAUGCUUUGUUGGUACAUGUUCUUUUAAAUACAAGGUAAUACAUUGUACUGAUUUGUGUACUUUGUGUCUCAUAAAACAAACAAUUCAGUACUGUUAAGGUAAAAUUUUUGGAUGAGGCAUAAAUAAAAUAAAUGUAUCUAGAUGAUAGUGUUAUAGUAGAUACCAAAUGUACCAUGUCUAAAUAUCAAAAUUGUUUUUCCAUUUAAGAUCCACAAAUUCUCAAAACUAAUAUUUGAUGCAAUUCGAUUGUAAAUACUUAGAUGUAAUUAGAUAAAAUAUGGUUGCAAUACGUAAGAAAUACAAAAGAGUAAGUUCUUAGAAUAUGCAACCUAAUUCAACAUGCUAAAUCUGUGGUUUUGAGAAAUUGGCUCAAUAUUUUUUUUUCUUUCUUUGCUUUGUAGAAAGUCUUUUUCUGUUAGGAGUAACUAACUGCUUUUAUGAUUUUAUAAGUUAAAAAAUUUUUAUGUGCCUGACUGGGGUCCAUGAAAUAACAAAAGUACAAUUCCCCACCCAAAUAAAAAAAGCAUCAGACACACUGAAGGCUCUGAUUGUUUCAUAUUUUCAGAAAUAAAAGUGACUAUAUACUCUUAUUAAUUAGUAGUUUGGUAAAAUUUUUAUAGAAUUGUUAAUGAUUCAUGGUUUCCCAUGUUGUCAUCUUAGGCAACAUUCCACCAAAUUAGAGCUUUCCAAAAUUGUAGUACCAUGUAUAGUGCUUUAUUUAUUAUGAUAGAAUUUUCAUUUUAAAACCAGAAUUGGGCUGAAUGUUGAAUGUUGCUUUUUUUUAAAGCUAAAAUUUAUGUUUUAUGUAUAGUUGUAAAACACUGAUAUCAAUAUCCCAUUACCUUUAAUCAAGAGUGAUUACACUCUUGUUGAAAAGUAAAUUUAUUUAUCAAAUGAAAUUUAAAGUUGUACUAACAGUGGGGGAAAAAAACUUGCUUUUUGAUUAAGGCUUUAUAGAACAGAAUUUCUAUUUCAUCAGAGCUAUCUAGGACCCUUUUCUUAUGAAAACAUUGUAUCUUAACCAUGAGUGGAAUUGUUAGAUAUUUUUUUCUCGUCUAAUUAGACUGAAACCUCAACCAGGCGUAGUGCAUUAAUAUGAAAUACUUUUGAAACAGAAUUUUUUAAAAAAGGAACAUUUACAAAAAGAUCAUAUAAUGCUAGAUGGGAUGUUAAAAUGACUCGUUUGUAGUAUUUUUUAAAACCUUCAUUUUUGCUCAGAAUAAAUUGCCUUUAAUUAUUUUCCAUUUUCAAUGGAAUUUCAUUUAUAGGUUUGACAUAUCAAGUCAAUAUAAUGUUUUAGAGUUUAGUAAUUUUGGAUUCCAGAUCAUUUAAGUUGAACAUGGAAAUGUGAAGUUUACUUAAGAAAAUUAAUUUUCUUCUUCUGUAGCAUCUAAGUCUUCAUCCUCUUCAUCAUCAUCUUCUGCUUGCUGAUCCUUUCUUAGUGGACAGGUGGAUGGAUACCUGUCCUUUUCCAGAUACACACUUGGCUGACAAUCUCUGAAGAGGUGAUUUUGAAUUUGCUCUUACAGUAUCUAAAUGAGAUGAAUAAUCUGGUGGAUACAGAGAAUUUUGGAAAACCUCUAAAUCCUCUUUAUCAAUCUUUUAUAUAUUUUGAUAGGCAGCAGUGUAGACCUCUAAAGCUUUGCCAUGAAAUAACAUUUUGAUAGUGAUAAAUUCCAAAAAUACGAUCUUUAUAUCCUUUAUUUUCUCUGCUUUUCAAAAUUGUUAAUAGUUUCCUCUAGAUGACGUGUUGUUCGGGUAGCAUCCAUUGUAACUCUCUGUAGUUCGGUUUCUGCCUGUGAAAUAACGUUAUCAGAUGGGUUUCGCUGACGUGUUCUUUCUGAGUUAAUUGUUUAUUUAGCUUCUCCAUUCCUUGAUGUUAAUGUUGGUUUGAGGUCAUCACGUUUCUUUUUUUUACAAUGGCUCCAUAAGCUUUCAAAGAUUCAGCUACUUUGGCUUCAAGCCUUUCAAUCUCUGCUUGUUGAUAAUCCUGAAGUUUGGUAAACUCGUCAGCAAAGUUUUUCAGGCCCUGCUUUAAAUGUGGGGUUUCUGUAGAGGCAUACACGUUGAUUUCAUUCACCAGGAGGUCUGCUUUGUCUCGCAGUCUGGCAGUUUUCCGCACAUAAGCAGCAAAGAUUUGGCACAGCGCUCCAAAGUGCUUCUCCACAUUUGUGACAGCAUCUUGAAGUUGUCUGGCUUGGGCAUCCCGGUUUUCUAAGCUGCGCCUCAUCAUCUUGCCUCGCACAGGUCUGGAUCCGAGGCUGGGGCCCAACAACGGGCUCCACGCCGCCCGAGCCCGCGUUAGGGCGCCAGCCGCCACCGCCGCCCGGAGCCCGAGCGCCCGCCUUGCGCGCCCCCGGGCCGGCCAGGGCCCCGGCGUUUCUACGGCAACGCGGCGCGCGCCCCCGCGGUCAAAGCCGGAGUCGGCGGGAGCGCGGAGAAGGCACCUGAAGGGCAAAACUGCGAGGGCACGCGAGGGUUCCGGCAGCCUCCCCAGAGACUCGCCGCCGCGCUCGCCGCGCGUGCCUGCUGCCUGAUGUCUCUCAAUAUAUUUUCAUGUAUCUUUUAAAUUGUCUAAUUAAAACUAGUAACUAUAAUUUGAAUUUGUAUUAUUUUUAGUUUUCAAUUGCUAUGUAAAUAUGGGAAGCAAUAUCAAGAAAUAAUACUAAUUAAUUCAGCCCAAUUUAAAGUAAAAUGGAUCUAUCUUUAGACUUAUACUUUGUUAGUAGAUAUUUAGUGUUUUAAAAUUGUGUGACUUAAUCUCUGUUACAAAGAUUCAGAAAGUCUUCAAAUAUACAGAAAAAGCUAAAAAGCAUUUCACAGUAAAUAUUCAUGUGCUUAACACCUAAAUUCUGUAAUUAAUGUUUUGCUGUAUUUGCUUUAUUAUAUAUUUAUCCAUCUAUUGAUUCAUUUUUUUAAAGAAAACUGUUAUUUUAAAACAAGUUGCAGAAUUAGAGUACUUUACCCCUAAAUAUUUCAGCAUAAGUUUCAUGAGCUGGAGUUCCAUAUUGGUGUGUGUGUGUGCGUGUGUGUGUGUGUGUGUGUUAGGUAUGAUUUGCAAACAGUGGAAUGCACAAAUCUUAAAUGAUGAGUUUUGGCAAAUGACUACACCUGUGUAGCUUAAAUCCUUCUCAAGAUUAAGAAUGUUACUACCAUCAGAAAGUGCUCUCCUGCCCUUUCCUAAUUAAUACCAUGGCAGCUCAGGGAACUACUGUUACAAUUUUUAAAAAAUCAUAGAUAAGUUUUGCCUGUUCUAAACUUCAUAUAAUUGGAAUGAUACAGUGUGUACCCUCUUUUCUGUUUUCUUUCAACCAUUUGAAGAUUUUUAAUACCCAUUUUAUUUUGUUCAUUGCUUUUUGCUGCUGAGUAGUAUUCCAUUGUAUAAAUAUACCACAGUUUGUGUAUCCAUUAUCUUUUGAUGGACUUCUGGGCUAUUUCCAGAUUUUGGCUGUUACGUAUAAGGAUUCUGUGAAUAUUCUGGUAUAAUUUUUUAUGGAUAUAAUAGUGGAUUAGGGAAGAUGUGCAUUUAACUUUUUAAGAAACUGCCAGACCUUUACCCAAAGUGAUUAUGCCAUUUUACAUUUCCAUCAACAUUGUAUUGUGUUUUUUUUCCUAGUAAAGCUUUGCAUGUUUAAUGAUUGGACUGUCAGAUUGGAAAUUGAUGAAUAACUUUUCUGGUACUUAAAGGAAUUCUCUAGAUACUUGGGAAUAUUGCAGAUUUAUUAAUUUUUUGUUUUCUAUGUUAGCACUUAUUGCAUAUAUACCUUGACAAGAGAUACUGAAAAUAUGGAAUGUACAGUCCCUGUCAUGCUCAUAAAAUAUUCUGAAAAUGAUAUUUAAUGCAAAGAAAUAUCUUCUAGGUUUAUUUUAUAAAUUAUGAUAUGUAUUCUUAGCUGACAUUUAGUCUCUUAUUAGAUAAAAAAAUAUAGAUGGCUACCAGUU